UUUCACUUCCGCUUCACUCUACUGUCGGGAGUGUUGUCGAGGUCGUCUCUUGGUUUUACAAACAACGCAAGGGAUUUUCGAGUUUUUACUCUUUACGUAAUCUUACUUAAACAUUACUGAAACUUAUCGACAGUAGCCAUGAGUCUUUCAACAAUGAAGCCCAACGGCGUUGGUGUCGUCGGUUUGCUUUGUCCUCAUCUCACGGUUCAAAAUGGAGUCGUGGACAACAAGGUCCGUAUGGAAGACAGAGGAGCGCCCUCUUCAGCGCCAGGCUCGGGGGCAAAGUCGUUCAGCUUGGAAACCGAAAAUAAACGGGAUGAUUGUCCUGGCGACGUGGAUAAAGUUGGCACAACCAGAGUUUCACUACCUUUGAGAACAGGGUUAGGGUUUGAUAGUGGUUUUCACAGUUCGGAUGACGAUGGAUCUUUACCCACAUCUCCAGACUCUCAGCCAUCUAGCCCAGCCUUCCCGACCGAGGACACUGAACUCCACCGAAAAACAAGAGAAUUAAUCUUGACAUUUUACCGGAAUUAUACAGGGCUCUCGGCUCCAGAACGGAAGGGACACAAAGCCAUGAGAACUAUGACUAAAGUCGUCCAUGAGGUGUUACUAAAGCACGGGAUCGUAUUCAAAGGUAUGAUGAAGAGGCUUGAUCCAGACCACAUUGAUGAUGGUGUGUCCUUUGUGAGAGACGUGGCUGAGAACACGUUCAGCGAUGGCGCCACAAACUGGGGUCGCAUUGCCACCCUAGUGGCCUUCGGCGCCGCACUCAGUGAACACCUGAAAGUGGCUGGGCGGCCGGAAUGCGUGGAGGCUGUAGCUAACGAGAUUUCCUCAUACCUGGCCGUCCAGAAGUGUGACUGGUUCCUCAAUAACAAUGGAUGGCAUGGGUUCGUGGAUUUUUUCCAUGUGGAGGACCCCGAGGCUACUGUGAGAAACACACUCAUGGCGUUUGCAGGGCUCGCCGGCCUCGGAGCUGGUCUGGCCUUCCUGAUAAGGUGAAAGGGACUCUUUCUAUCCUCCUUGCCUGUCCAGUCAUGGCACAAGGGUGAGACUGGUGCAGAAAUGCUGGGAUCACAAAUGAAUGAGUGAAUGAAGAUCGUACAUACACUUAAACCAUCAAAGAUGUGGCAGUAGGUUGGAUGUCUGCCUGUCUCUGGCCUCUAUGAAGUCAGGGUCCUGGUUUAUUCGCACUCCGUGAGAUGUGAGAUGUCCGAACUCCCCCCCCAUUGUGUCCCACACCCAGCUCCAGCACACACUCUGUGCCUCAGGUCGCCGUAGCUACACAGAACAUUGCUUCUAUGGUAAAGUCGAGCUGGCCCCAGUGGAGUUGAACUGUUCAGCGGUGUCUUUGACCUUUUGCAGUUGUAGUAAAAUUUAUUUUUCUAUAUGUGUAUAUAUAUAGUUCCAGAAUCUAUUAAAAGUUUAGUUUGUUUUCUUCCCCAACCCCACCAAAUCUCCACAGUUGCAGCCAUCCCUAAUGGAUAGCCUGGUAGUUUCGUGUGAGGCACAGGCUUUAACUGUGUUUGUUCCUGGCUGAGUCACAACAGGCUGUCCUGUAUAAUCUGUCAACACACAGACUAUAUAAGCACUGAGGUGAGACACCAAGUCUGAUUCAUUUAAGGUUGCUGUAUACUGUUUAGUUUAUUUAUGAUUAUGCGCCUUAAAUCAGAUGGUAGAUUGUAAAAACAAAACACAGAUCAAUAAAUGAGUAUAUAUAUAUAAAUAUUUAUAUAUUUUUCAGUAAAUAAAAGAACUUUUAUUUUGUGGAAGAA